AUGAGCUACUACGGCAACUACAAUGGUGGCCUGGGCUAUGGCUAUGGUGACCUAGGCUGUGGCUAUGGCUCUGACUAUGGCUAUGGUGGUUAUGGCGGUUAUGGUGGCUAUGACAGCUAUGGUUAUGACUGUUGCCACCCCCUGUGCUGUAGAAGAUACUGA